AUGCCGCCGGCUAAGUCAAAAGCGAACCACGACGACUCAAAGUCGGAGACGGCGAGCGUCAAAGAUCGGAACGGCCACGGCCACGGAUCUAACCAUAACCAAUCGAAUGGAAAACUUCGACGUGUUGGUAGUUCCACGGGCUCACAAUUGCGAGACGUAACAGCCGUGAACGGCGGCUCCUCGACUGCACCAACUUCUGCGUCACAACCAAACCACACUCCAGGGUUGCAAUGGCCAUCCUUUGAACGAGAUGUCCUCCACGACUACCGUCGCAAAUACCUUCUCCACACUCCGACCGCUUUUGCCAACCCAUACCAUCACUGGGUACUCUCGCGACCAGGAAUCGGCUUGCGAUCGCCCACCAUGGCACGAAAAUUAGAAUACCGACGCCAGAGCAAGGAAAACCUUACGAAGGUCGUUAGAAAACACUUCAAUGCCCUCGGCGUACAGGAAACCGACGUUAUUGUUGACUUUGUUCACAAGGUCAGGAAUCCAGGCGUUGGGAAGAUUAAGAGGAACAAAGAUUUACCACACUCUUCCCCGUUACCAUGA